AUGAAACUCACGCGCAUCGGUUGGCUCUUGGCUUUUGUGUCGCUGCAACGCGCAAUAGUGUCCAUCCGCCACAUAAAGGUCUUCGGGGAGUCCCGCUACAUGCGGGUCAAGACUCACAUUCACGAGGAUCGCACACACUUUGAUCUGAAUGUGCGCUUGGUCCGGGAGCUGGGCAGCAAUCAUUUGGUGAUGAAUGUCAAGGUGCGGGUGAAACCCGAUGGCAAGGAUAAAUUUGUGCGUUUGUUCGAGCUGAAACGCAUCAAUUUCUGUGGCUUUCUGAGCGAGUACAAUGCCAGUCCGAUGCUGCGACUUCUGUUCAAGAAAUCAGUCAUUUUGAGCGACAUUAUAGAGUGCCCCAUUCGUGUGGGCAACUACUCCAUGCUGAAUGCCGAUGUGGCCGAAAAUAUCUCACCGGAUGGUGUCCAGAAUGGCACCUACAAUUUCUUUACGGAAAUUGUCGAGGAGAGCGGAGAGAUAGCAAAAGUUUUUGCCAUGCAGGUCACCUCGACUGUACAGAUAAUAGAGCCAGAGCCGGAGCCAGAAAAUGGCGAGUGA